CAUCGCUACUGUGGGCAGCACAUGUGACCUCAACCUCAAGAUACCAGGGAACUGGUUUCACAUGGUCUCGGCUCAGGAGCGUCUGACCCGGACGUUCACUCGCAGCAGUCACACCUACACUCGCACCGAGCGCACGGAGAUCAGCAAGACGCGAGCGGGGGAAACGAAGAGGGAGGUGCGUGUAGAGGAGAGCACGCAGGUGGGAGACCCCUACAGGGACGUCUUCGGAGACUUCCUGGGGCGAGAAAAUCUGAGCGGGUUCAACAGCAGCCGACCGCCGCCGCUGCAGGACGAUGAGGCAGGGAACCAGGAGAUGACGGCUCAGGUGACGAGUCCCGGAGGAAAGACGGAGGACGCAGAGAUCAUUAAAGGAGAGGACAGCACCUACAGCGUCCGCUUCAUCCCUCAGGAGAUGGGAGCUCACACUGUUAAUGUUAAAUACCGGGGCCAGCACGUCCCCGGGAGCCCCUUCCAGUUCACUGUGGGGCCCCUGGGAGAGGGAGGGGCCCACAAGGUCCGAGCGGGAGGGACCGGGCUGGACCGAGGAGUGGCAGGGAUCCCAGCUGAGUUUAGUAUAUGGACCAGAGAGGCCGGAGCUGGAGGUCUGUCCAUCGCUGUGGAGGGCCCGAGCAAGGCGGAGAUCACCUUUGAAGACAGGAAGGACGGAUCCUGUGGAGUCGCCUACGUAGUUCAGGAGCCUGGUGACUAUGAGGUUUCCAUUAAGUUCAACGAUGAACACAUCCCAGACUCUCCGUUCAUCGUCCCCAUCGCUACUCUGUCCGAUGACGCUCGCCGCCUCACCAUCACCAGCCUGCAGGAGAUGGGUUUGAAAGUUGGACAGGAGGCCUCUUUUGCUGUCCAGCUAAAUGGAGCCAGAGGACUGAUCGAUGCUAAGAUCCACACACCAUCAGGAGCCAUAGAGGAGUGUUUCAUCACUGAGCUGGACAACGACCAGCAUGCUAUCAGGUUCAUCCCGAGGGAAAAUGGCGUUCAUUCUAUCGACGUUCGUUUCAAUGGCAGCCACGUACCCGGUAGUCCCUUUAAGAUCCGAGUCGGAGAACCAGGACAGGUUGGAGAUCCCGGCAUGGUUUCUGCUUUCGGACUGGGACUAGAGGGAGGAACCACAGGCGUGGCGUCAGAGUUUGUUGUGAACACGUGUAACGCUGGAUCCGGAGCUUUGUCUGUCACCAUCGAUGGACCGUCGAAGGUGAAGAUGGACUGUCAGGAGUGUCCGGAGGGCUACAAGGUCUCCUACACACCCAUGGCUCCUGGGAACUACCUGAUAUCCAUCAAAUAUGGAGGACCCCAGCACAUCAUCGGCAGCCCCUUCAAGGCCAAAGUCUCAGUUCAUUAUAGACGUACGGAAUCUUGUAUCCACAGCAAGAGCUUGGUGGGACCUCGUCUGUCUGGCGGCCACAGUCUGCACGAGACCUCGUCUGUCCUUGUGGAAACUGUCUCCAAGUCCUCAGCGAUGGGAGGGCCCUUCGCGUCUUUACCCAAAUUCUCGUCAGAUGGCAGUAAAGUCAUCUCCAGAGGCGCUGGCCUGUCCAAGGCCUUUGUAGGUCAGAAGAACACGUUCACUGUCGACUGCAGCAAAGCAGGCACCAACAUGCUGAUGGUGGGUGUCCACGGGCCGAAGACGCCCUGCGAGGAGGUGUACGUCAAACACAUGGGCAACAGGAUGUACAACGUGACGUACACCGUCAAAGAACAAGGCAGCUACAUCCUCAUCGCCAAAUGGGGGGACGAGAACGUCCCCGGCAGUCCCUUCCACGUCACCGUCCCUUGAACCUGAACUCUUAUGUCUCAUGUCCGUCCCUCCACUGCAUCUCCUCACCCUGAUGCACUGAAGACACAAAGACUAUUCACUUCCUGUUUCACGCUAUGUGCCAAAGUUGUCCUUCUUUCUCCUUCUCGUGUCUCUCGGAGCAACAACAGUUUUAUAUUUGCUGACAUGUAUGGAAACAGCUCCAGUGACAAACACAGGGAGUGUUUCUCUGGUGUCUCCCUUUAUUCUGAAGUUUGAAAUGUUAGAGUUGACAUGUUGAACAUGAACACAAAAGCCCAAACGUUAGUUAUUAUCAGAAGAUAUCAUCACGUUAGCACAAGAUGCUAGUUUUUGCAAAAAGGAUAUUACCUUGUGCACAAAGAAUAAUAUGUAAGAUGGAUGCACAAUAUCUAACAUUUUUAAAGUCUCUUGUUCAGACAACACACAAGUUAUAUAAGUUCUUAUAAUUUUACCAUAUUGUGCAGUUAAGAUAUUUACAUCAAACUAAACCUUCAGGACUUCAGGGACUCGCCUGAAUAUAAAAUAUGGUGUGCCACUCAGAUCUUUGUACGAUCAACCUUUCUAAGGGAUGUUUCUGGAUUAAAAGUGACAUUGUCUUCCAGCAGCUGGUUGAUCCCGUGUGUUGUGAGGCGGCUGCAGAACGCUGACGGAGGUUCAGCACGAGCUGCAACUUCAUUUCAAGGACAAAACAAACUCUUUGCUUUUGAUUUUAUUUAUUCUCAGAGCUUUUUCCCCUCAUUUUAUUUUCUUUGACAGAAAAUGGUCUUAUUGUUGAGGACGAGGAGGCGAGGACACAAAGAAAGAUUUGAGUAUCUUUUUUUUUACCACAAGAAGAAGUGCGGCGAAACGAUCAGUUUAUUUUGUGAAUGUUGAAGAAACACAAUAUUACAGAGUGACAUUUUAUAGUGAUUUUUGUAUGUAUCAAAAAUGGAUGAAUGAAAUAAAACUGUUUGAUAUGUUAACCUUCAACCUGGCAGGAUUGUGCAGGCAUAAUAAAAGUUUAUUCGCUGACUUGC